GUCCACGCGACGCCUACUGUGCUGCGAAUUACGAUUGUCUUGUCACAUACCUUGCAUUUGGUACAUCACACCGUGCUUAUUACUGCAUUUCUUCAGAAUCAACAGAAGUUCUGCCUCACCUACGAGGCUUCAAUGACACGACUAUACCGUGAAGGGCGUACUGAAACUGUGCGAUCAUGUACAACCAGAUCCAGAGCAUUUGUCCUUUCUAUGGUUGAUCCAUCAAAGACGAUGUGCUCUGUUAAUUUCGCGAACAAUACUGAAAGGCAGCGGUUCAGAUAUGUGAUCAAGCGAUACCUUGAAGAAGAAUCUCCCUUCUUCGACCGGGUUUUCCCUCCAACGUAUCUCCUGUCUACCAGUCAGACUCCACUGAACCAAGUUCAAAUCGAUAUUGCCAAGUAUGGUAUGGAACCUGAGCGAAGGAGCAAACUUGUUACAGCUGGUGGAGGCUUUGGACCUGUUGCGGAUCGCGGUUAUGGAGUGUCUUACAUUGUGGCUGGAGAACACCAGAUUUCAUUCCACAUUUCUAGCAAACGAUCUGCUGAAAAUACGAGCUCGAAGGAAUUCCGUGAGGAACUGAAACGGUCUUUGACUGAAAUGUAUGAGCUGUUCGUUGGUAGUUCAAAGUGA